AGCCUGUCCAGCUUCCAAGAGAAAGGACUGUCUCUCAGACGACAGAAGUCUCUAACCGGUCACCCUGAGAGAGACAACCGUAUCGGCUCCCUUGUCUCUCACGUCACGUCACGUCAGUCUCUCUCAGUCACGCAUCAGUCACGUUCGCGUCAAGUGUAACUUCAGUAAAGACACGUUAAUCUCAUGUCAGAGGUUAGUCGAUUAGCGUUACGUUGAAGUCAUUAUUAACGUUAAAGCUAGUUGAAGUAGUACGUUGAAGUUAAUCAAGUUGCGUUGAAUCGUGUCAGUUGAAUCACGUCGAAUCAAACCGCUUAAUUUGUAUCACGUUGAAUUGAACUGUGUCAGUUGAGUCAGAUUGAACCGCGUCAGUCGCCCAAUCAAGUUGUUAACGAAUCGCAUCAGUUGAGUCACGUCAGACGAGUUUAAUCGACAGUCGAAUCAGUGUGAAAUACGUUAAUCGCGUCGUCACGUUUUCGUCUCACACGUGUGUUUGACGGUAUUUGUGAACGCUGGACUAAAUUUGUGGAUAUUGUGAGUGAUCUGGAAAAAAUUGAGGAUUAUUUUAAUAAUUGGAGAAUAAAUUUUGAGGGGAAUUCAGAAAUCACUUUGAGUGAACAAUAGCCAAAUUGAAACUUGGACCUAUGUUAUUGUUGAUUGAACUUUAACACUAUUUAUCGAACUUUCUAGUGAACAGUGUAGUGGAUAUAACAGUUGACACUACAGCUCACCCAAUCUGAAUGCAGUCUUGACAGCAACUGGCCCCUCUAUUUAUGCAAUGAGUCCCAAAUUGGGGCUCUUUUGGGGGCUGCUGGCCCUUAUCGUCCACCAAUCCACCUCCAAUACCACACCGACGUCAAUAUCCACCUCAUCUACCCCCACCACUACCCUUGAUGACGUCACAACAGCUCAAGGUCACCUAGGAGAUGAUGUUAUAGAGUCUCAAGGUCAUGAAGGAACAUCUCAAGGUCAAAUGAUGGAAGAUGGAGAGAUUAUGUCUGAAGGACAAAUGUCAGAUGACAGCGCGACCUCUCAAGGACCAACAUCAGCUGAUGGUGCGUCCACUCAAGGUCACCUCCCGGAGGCAAGGUCAUCUGAGGGUCACGUGAUGUCAUCUCUGGGUCACGUGAACAACAUCCAGCGUCUCACACGCCCGCGGGCGCCCCCGCGAACAGCUGAUAACUCUGGUGUUGGUGCCUGGGAGAGCGAACCCAACGGGGUGCAUUGGUUGCUGAAUCUGUACAACCCCCAUCACUGGAAUCCAUCUUUGCUGCCUGAUAGACAGAAGAUAUCCGGAGAGUGUCGGUCGGCCAUGAAGCAGUACCUCAUAUCCCUGGCUAACGGCACCGUGUGGGCGGCAAAGAUGAGCGAUGCCAGCGGCAGAUACUCGUCGCAGUUCUUCUUUGGUAAUGACUUCUGGUUGGGGUCUCACACACUGUGCAAGGAGCUGCAAAACACAAGGGCCAAUCAGAAUGUGCCACCCUUCCGCACCUCCUUCUACGUCGCCAAACUCAGGCUCAAACUGCAUCAUGAAAUGACACCUAAGGUGCGAGAAAUCUCUCUGGGAGUAUGCCUGCCGUCAUCUUGCCAGAAGCAGGACGUGACCACCCUGUUGCAGCCGGAGCAGACCCCUCCGGAGCAUUCCUUCGAGGUACUGAGGGUUCGCUCUGUACCAGGGGACUACUCCAUAUUCCACGAUCCCAAACUGCAUAUUGCUGGGACAGUGACCCUGGUAAUCUUAAUCCUGAUGGUGAUUGGCACCGGCUACGAGUACAUGUUCGAACUGCAAGAUCAGCAAAACAGCAAGAAGAAGGGCAAGCAGGCAGCAGUGGCCGCCACUACACUGACCGCCAGUGUGCACCAGAUGAGUGCUGCCUCAUCCAAGCUGGGAUCCGCGCUUGAAGUGGUCAUCAACGACAAGCAGAACCUGAAUAACUCUGGGUCUGAUCUGUCUACUGAUUCUUAUACGCCAGCGAAACGAACGAAAACGGAGGAACUUCUGCUGUGUUUCUCAUGUCUGUCGAACAGUCGCAAGAUCCUCCACUGUGGAGCCGCGCCCAAGGACUCCCUCACCUGCGUUCAUGGGCUGCGAUUCCUCAGUCUUGCCUGGGUCAUCAUGGUCCACACCUAUCUACAGGUUUUCGCUAUAGCUGAGAACAAGACGCUGAGGACAUUGACAGAGCGCAACUUUAUGUUCCAAACAGUCAGCAACGCGACUUUCUCAGUCGACACUUUCUUCUUCAUAAGUGGUUUACUGGUUACGUUCCUCUAUUUCAAAUCGUCGAAUCGGACGUCCUCGUCAGGUGAGAGAGAGGGAGAGAGAGCUCGUCCCUCCCCGGAAGGGUUCCUCGCCUUCAAGAUUGGUUUUCUCAAGUUCUGUAAACUUGUCGGGUACAGGUUCCUGAGAUUGACCCCGGCCUACAUGUUUGUGCUAUGCGUGGCUUCAAUAGCGAUGCGCUGGUUGAAAUCGAAUUCAGUGUUCGAGCCAGUCAGUCUGGAUGACUCCAACUGUGACAAGUACUGGUGGAGAAAUGCGCUCUACAUUAACAGUCUCUUCCCCAGGAAAGACAUGUGUAUGCUGUGGAGUUGGUACAUGUCGAAUGAUACUCAGUUCUAUAUUAUUGGUAUUGUCAUUCUUCUAAUAUCUGCAAGACACUUGAAAGUAGCUUCAGGUCUUCUAGUCGUUUUCCUAGUGAGUUCCUGUGUCACAACUGCCUUAGUUGCAGUACGCUACGACUAUAUAGUCAAGAUAGAAGAACCAUUCGCGUUAUUCGAUGAGCUGUACGACAAGCCUUGGACGCGACUGGGUCCCUACCUGGUGGGAAUGUUUGCCGGAUGGUUCCUCUUCAAGACCAAUGCGAGGAUUCGUAUAUCACUGUUCACGACACUCUCUGGUUGGCUACUGUCUUUGCUAACGCUGACAGGAUUGGUCUACGGAGUGCUGGGUUCGAGAAUGGGCGUGGCUUCGUCGGCACUCUACAUAGCUCUCGGACACACCGCGUGGGGAGCUGCGCUCGCCUGGAUUGUCAUCGCCUGCUGUUGCGGCUACGGAGGUUUCGUGAACUCAUUGCUGUCAUGUCGGUUGUUACACCCUCUGUCUCGACUGACAUACUGCGCCUACCUCAUCCACCCAGUCAUCAUGGUGCUGACAAGCUUCCAGAUGGACGGACCUCUGCAUCUGCACAACGGACUUGUGUUCAUUCUCUACUUCGGCAACUUGGUGGCUGCUUUUCUUCUGUCCUUUUUCAUCUCCAUCACCUACGAGGCACCAAUUGUUCGUCUGCUCAAAGUACUGCUCUAAAGAAGAGAGAAAAAU